UGGAUACCCUUAUAUAAAUGUCUCACAGUCAGAAAACACAUCCAAGACUCAGAUCGCCAUUAUGAAGGGGAUACUGAUUUGCCUCGUAGUUCUCAUUGGAAUCAACCUGGCGUCCGCCACCUUUUUAGGGGCACAUAACGCAAAGCGACGCCUGCCAUACGCUGCAAACAUGAGAGCCAUGGUGUGGAAUAGGGAAUUAGCUACUAUGGCAAGAAACUGGGCGAGUAAAUGCAUCAAGGGCCAUAAUCCAAACAGAAGGUCUAGCCGGUUUUCCAGCGUAGGCGAAAACAUUUUCUGGAGCUCCAAUUCUAGAACUCCUGGAGCUGCCGUAAAUGCCUGGUACUCGGAAAGACAAUAUUAUAACUACGCCUCCAAUAGUUGUUCCAGAACAUGUGGACAUUACACACAGGUUGUCUGGGCGAAUUCUGAGUAUCUUGGAUGUGCGAGGCAAAGAUGUAGCAACUUUUACAUCUAUGUCUGCAACUAUGGACCAGCAGGUAACUUCUCAGGACAGAAGCCGUACGUCCGGGGAAGGCGCUGCAGUCGCUGCCCACGUGGGUACCGGUGCUUCAACAACCUGUGUGUCAGAAGGUGACGAAUCGGCGGAGUUACAACGUAAUGCUACCUAUCAUAUUCUAAAAAAAAAUAAUCAACUUUGUUUUUAGUUUUCAAUAUAUCUUGUGUCUAUUUUUCCCCGCACUUUUUAUACUUACUGUACAUUUUUA